GCAAGAUGGGUCUCUACCGCGUCCGCGUGUCCACCGGGUCCUCGCUCCACGCAGGCUCCAACAACCAGGUGCAGCUGUGGCUGGUCGGCCAGCACGGGGAGGCGGCGCUCGGAAAGCGCCUGUGGCCGGCGCGGGGCAAGGAGGCAGAAUUCAAGGUGGACGUGCCGGAGUUCCUGGGACCGCUGCUCUUUGUGAAACUGCGCAAGUGGCACCUCCUUAAUGAUGACGCGUGGUUCUGCAACUGGAUCUCGGUGCAGGGCCCCGGGGCCAGCGGGGACGAGUUCAGGUUCCCAUGUUACCGCUGGGUGGAGGGUGAUGGAGUCCUGAGCCUACCCGAGGGCACUGGCCGCACGGUGGUAGAUGACCCCCAAGGCUUCUUCAAGAAACACAGGGAGGAGGUGCUGGAAGAGAGAAGGAAGCUAUACCGGUGGGGUAACUGGAAGGAUGGGCUAAUUCUGAAUGUGGCCGGGGCCGGAAUAGGUGAUCUCCCUGUAGAUGAGAGAUUUCUGGAGGACAAGAGAAUUGACUUUGAGGCUUCGCUGGCCAAGGGGCUGGCAGACCUAGCUGUCAAAGACUCUUUAAAUAUUCUGACUUGCUGGAAGGAUCUGGAUGACUUCAACAGGAUUUUCUGGUGUGGCCAGAGCAAGCUGGCUGAGCGGGUGCGGGACUCCUGGAAGGAGGAUGACUUAUUUGGGUACCAGUUUCUCAACGGCACCAACCCCAUGUUGCUGAGGCGCUCCACUCGCCUUCCUGCCCGCCUAGUGUUCCCUCCAGGGAUGGAGGAGCUGCAGGCCCAGCUGGAGAAGGAGCUCCAGGGAGGCACGCUGUUUGAAGCUGACUUCUCCCUGCUGGAUGGGAUCAAGGCCAAUGUCAUCCUGUGUAGCCAGCAGUACCUGGCUGCCCCUCUGGUCCUGCUGAAGCUGCAGCCUGAUGGGAAACUCUUGCCCAUGGUCAUCCAGCUCCAACUGCCCCGUGAAGGGUCCCCUCCACCACUGCUUUUCCUGCCCACGGAUCCCCCGAUGGUCUGGCUCCUGGCUAAAUGCUGGGUCCGUAGCUCUGACUUCCAGCUUCACGAGCUGCAGUCUCAUCUUCUGAGGGGACACUUGAUGGCUGAGGUCUUCGCUGUGGCCACCAUGAGGUGCCUUCCAUCGAUACAUCCUAUCUUCAAGCUUAUAAUUCCCCACCUGAGAUACACCAUGGAAAUUAACAUCCGGGCCAGGUCUGGGCUGGUCUCCAACAUGGGAAUUUUCGACCAGGUGGUGAGCACAGGUGGGGGAGGCCACGUGGAGCUGCUCAGGCGAGCUGGACCCUUUCUGACCUACAGGUCAUUCUGUCCCCCUGAUGACCUGGAGGACCGGGGGCUCCUGGGCGUCAAGUCUUCCUUCUAUGCCCAAGAUGCCCUGCGGCUCUGGGAAAUCAUCUUUCGAUAUGUGGAGGGAAUAGUGAAUCUGCAUUAUAAGACGGACGGGGCCGUGAAAGAAGAUCUUGAGCUGCAGACCUGGUGUCGAGAGAUCACUGAAAUUGGGCUGCUAGGGGCCCAGGACCGAGGGUUUCCUGUGUCCUUAGAGUCCCGGGACCAGGUCUGCCACUUUGUCACCAUGUGCAUCUUCACCUGCACUGGCCAGCAUUCCUCCGUCCACCUGGGCCAGCUGGACUGGUAUGCUUGGGUCCCUAAUGCACCCUGCACGAUGCGGCUGCCCCCACCGACCACCAAGGAUGCGACGUUGGAGACGGUGAUGGCAACACUGCCCAACGUUCAUCAGUCUUCUCUCCAGAUGUCCAUCACUUGGCAGCUAGGCAGACGGCAGCCCGUCAUGGUGGCUCUGGGCCAGCAUGAGGAGGAGUAUUUUUCGGGCCCUGGGCCCAAGGCUGUGCUGAAGAAGUUCAGAGAGGAGCUGGCUGCCCUUGAUAAGGAAAUUGAGAUCCGGAAUGCAAAGCUGGACAUGCCCUACGAGUACCUGCGGCCCAGCCUGGUGGAAAACAGCGUGGCCAUAUGAGCGCCCCAGGCCUUUGGUUGUUUCAGCCCCUUCUACCCAAGCCAUGACCCCACCCCUUAGUGCUCCCUGUCUUGCUGUCCCCAAACUCCACCCUCCUCUUAUCUCCCACCCUCCUGAAGAGUCACCUUUUCAUUGUCUAUGCCCACAGUGGACAGAUUUUACCCUAGAUGCACUACCUGGGGGCCUCAUUCCCCCUUCCUCCCUGCCUCUCUUCCUCCCUCUCUUCCUCCCUCAUCAUUCAGAUCUUCCCCAGGACAGAUAACAGCUGUGGGUAUAUACACUGUUUCAAGAGUAGAAUAGGGUAAUAAAACAUACCGCUUCACACCUUUUAUAAUUUUGAAACUAAAUCAAGUUUAACAACAACAAAAAGAUAUUUUAGACUAACAAAAGAAAAGAACUAAGAUCCAAUUAUCCUAAGUAAAAUAUUGGCAAAAGAAUAUGGCACAUCUUUCUAACUGGAUGUUAUUUACCACCUGAUGGAAUUUGCCGCCUGUCCUGAAGCCAGACACAACACAGAGCAAACCGUUUCAUUUCACGGCCCACUUAGACAGCGAUAAAUGGACGUAAACUGGUUAAACUGAGGGAGCUGCUCCCAGCCGGCAGGUAUCUGGCCUUGGGGUUUUGCCUGAGAGAUCCCUAUCUAUAACCCAUUUGCACUUCACCAUUUGGGAAGCCUCAAAUAAUAGUAAGGAAUCUCAUGAUUAUUUUAGUGAAUGAAAACAAAGGAAUCAAUAAAAUCCAACUUCUGUAUCUG